AUCCUUGGGCUUCAGGUCGGGCCGAACCGAGGCCUGCAACCUGCACUAGUGUAACACUAGACGGGCUCCUUUCAAUGGCCGCCUGGCCGGACGUUUGAAUGGGUCUAGGGCGUGACAAAGCACCCCGGCCAACCCACUGUUCCUUUUUCCCCUUUCCUUCAGAAGCAAACAACAGCCGCGCCGGCUCCACCGCACCAGCCCACCCGCCGCGGCCGUUACAUCCCCGGCCACCCUCCCUCCAUUUAUACCCCCUCCGUUUCCCUCCCUUCUCUCCCCACUCCGGCAGUCCCCGCCCCACCACCACCACCGCAGCCACCGCUGCCCCGACCGGCCGCGUCCCUUCCCUCCCUUCCGCCAGCCGCCCGCUCUCCAGCAAUGGCGUCCGGCUCGCACGCGCCGGUGCCGCUGCUCAAGGACGAGCUGGACAUCGUCAUCCCGACGAUCCGCAACCUCGACUUCCUGGAGAUGUGGCGGCCCUUCUUCCAGCCAUACCACCUCAUCAUCGUGCAGGACGGCGACCCCAGCAAGACCAUCCGCGUCCCCGAGGGCUUCGACUACGAGCUCUACAACCGCAACGACAUCAACCGCAUGCUGGGGCCCAAGGCCUCCUGCAUCUCCUUCAAGGACUCCGCCUGCCGCUGCUUCGGCUACAUGGUCUCCAAGAAGAAGUACAUCUACACCAUCGACGACGACUGCUUCGUUGCCAAGGAUCCAUCAGGGAAGGACAUCAAUGCACUUGAGCAGCACAUCAAGAACCUCCUGAGCCCUUCUACUCCAUUUUUCUUCAAUACUUUGUAUGACCCUUACCGUGUUGGCGCCGAUUUUGUUCGUGGGUACCCCUUCAGCCUUCGUGAGGGUGUCCCGACUGCUGUUUCUCACGGGCUUUGGCUCAACAUUCCAGACUAUGAUGCCCCUACCCAGCUUGUUAAGCCCCUUGAGAGAAACACCAGGUAUGUUGAUGCUAUUCUUACAAUCCCGAAGGGCACCCUCUUCCCUAUGUGUGGAAUGAACCUUGCAUUUGACCGUGAGCUCAUUGGCCCUGCAAUGUACUUUGGUCUUAUGGGUGAUGGCCAGCCUAUCGGUCGCUACGAUGAUAUGUGGGCAGGAUGGUGCACAAAGGUGAUUACGGAUCAUCUGGGCCUGGGUGUGAAGACUGGCCUACCCUACAUCUGGCACAGCAAAGCAAGCAACCCGUUUGUGAACCUGAAGAAGGAAUACAACGGCAUCUUCUGGCAAGAAGAGCUGAUCCCAUUCUUCCAGUCAGUCUCCCUUCCAAAGGAGGCCACCACCGUCCAAAAGUGCUACCUCGAGUUGGCCAAGCAGGUGAGGGCAAAGCUCGGCAAGGUGGAUGGCUACUUCAACAAGCUUGCCGACUCCAUGGUCACGUGGAUUGAGGCCUGGGACGAGCUGAACCCCCCAAAAGGUGGAGCCCCCACAGCAAAUGGCCCUCCCAAGAAGUAAAAGACGAUAUAGUAUAAACUUCACUUGUUCAUGUGGACCGUCAUACUGAAAGGAAAUACUGUUUUUGGUUAGUGCUGAUGGACUGAGAUCACUCUGCUGCAACUCAAAAUUUUCACGUCCCGGGAACCGUCCUGCCGGUUAUGAGGCGUUUACAUGUCUUUCGCUUCUGAGUGUGAUGCAAUCGGAUUGGAUUACCUUCAAAUUAGAAUAAAGUUUACAGAUUAUGGUCUUGAUUUCCCCCCGGAAACCAUAA